AAAACCUUUCGCCCCUGCUUGAAAAGUUAUUAUUUUUCUAUUUUCUUUCUUGUGUGGGUUGAAAAUUUGCCGUGCCGUCGCAGGUUGUUGCCAUUUUUUGUGAUUUCGGGGGCUACACUUUCCCAACGUUUGGGACACGCGGUGUGCAUUUAACUGUGGGUGUGAUAAUCGUGUGGACGGAGCCGGAAGAAAGCGUCCAAGAGUUGUACGCGCCAUUCAUGGAUGUUCCCUAGGAGCUGUGAUCGCUUUGUUGUGUGUUGUGUGGUGUUGAUUGUACGCAGGAAGUGGAUAAAAACGGUGCCUAACUUUCUCCAUCGCAAGUGGUUCCAUUUCGACGAUUGAUACUGGGUACUAGGAAAGCCUACGCAAGCCUUAUCAUCAACGCCGCUAGCAGCUACAAUACCAUCGGUCGAAAAUGGAGCAUAUCAACACGCCAAAGAUUGAAAAUGUUCGCAUGAUUGACAGAUAUAACAGCAAAAAUCCAACCGUCGGUGUGCUGUAUCUGACGGCCACGCAUCUCAUAUUCGUCGAUCCGGAUGCCAACAAAGAGACAUGGGUCCUGUACAUGCACAUCGCGAACGUGGAAAAGUUGCCCCUGAGCACAACGGGCUCACCGCUGCUGAUACGCUGCAAAACGUUUCUUUCCAUCACGUUCGUCAUACCGAAGGAGCGCGAAUGUCACGACGUCUACACCACGCUGACGAAGCUGUACCAGCCGGUGCACAUCAAGAAUCUGUACUGCUUCCAGUACACGACCGCCGCCAAGGAGCUGCCCAAGGCGGCCGGCUGGGACUACUUCAAGCUGGAGCACGAGUUCAAGCGGAUGCGCGUCCCGAACGACCAGUGGAGUGCCUGUGCGCUCAAUCAAAGCUACGAGCUGUGCGACACGUACCCGCGCCAGAUCUACGUGCCGGCCGAUGCCAACACGCAAAUCCUGCUCGGCAGUUCGCGGUUUCGGUCCAAGGGUCGGCUACCUGCGCUUACCUAUUUGCACUCGAACAAGGCGUCCAUCUGCCGUUGCAGCCAGCCACUGUCUGGCUUCAGUGCCCGGUGUCUCGAGGACGAGCAAAUGCUGGAGACGAUACGCAAGACUAACCCCAACUGCAACUUUAUGUACGUCGUUGACACGCGGCCAAGGAUUAACGCCAUGGCAAACCGGGCGGCCGGCAAGGGCUAUGAGAACGAGGCCAACUAUGAAAACAUCAAGUUUCAGUUUCUCGGUAUCGAAAACAUUCACACGAUGCGGGCCAGUCUGCAGAAGCUGAUUGAAUGCUGCGAACAAAAGUCGCCCACCAUGAGUGGAUUCUUAAGUGCUCUGGAAUCUUCCGGCUGGUUAAAGCACAUUCGAUCGAUACUGGAUACAUCGUGUUUCAUUGCGAACGCUGUCGACAAGGGCAUUUCCGUCGUUGUACACUGCUCGGAUGGUUGGGAUCGUACGGCACAAGUCUGCUCGCUGGCCGCACUUAUGCUCGACCCAUAUUACCGAACCAUUAAGGGAUUUCAGGCACUGAUUGAAAAGGAUUGGCUUGCGUUCGGUCACAAGUUCAGCGAUCGGUGCGGCCACAUCCAGAACGACCCGAAGGAGGUGUCGCCCGUGUUUACCCAGCUGCUCGAAUGCACCUGGCAGCUGAUGCAGCAGCGUAACGAUGCGUUCGAGUUUAACGAGCGGUUUCUGCUGAUCCUGCACGAUCACGUCAUGUCCUGCCAGUACGGUACGUUCGUGGGCAACUGUGAGAAGGACCGGCUGGAUCUGCGGCUAGCGGACAAAACGUUCUCGCUCUGGGGCUACAUGUCGAACCAUCUGAACGAGUACAUCAAUCCGCUGUAUCGGCCGGAGAUGGAUGAAACGAUCAAACCGAACCUUGCACCGCAAAACAUAAAGUUUUGGCGCGGCAUGUACAGCCGGUUCGAGAGCGGCAUCCAUCCGCGGGAACCGUUGGAGGAUUUGUUGAUCGCUAGCAAGGAUCACUGUACCUCGCUGGAAGAUCACGUGCAGCAUUUGACGAAGCGUAUCAAUAGCUUCAAGAACAUGCUUUCCAAGUCGGCCAAACGGUUGCAGGGUGGCAGUGCGGCACUACAGUCCCGGUACAGUGCGGCGGACCAAACACGGGGGCCUAUCGAGGUGAACGAUAAUCGGUACAAUUACGACCGGAAGCUAAGCGAGCUGUCGGCGGCGGACGACGAUCAUCCGCUGAAGACGAGCGAUUUUUCCUUCUCCAAUCUAUCGAUUUCCGAGUACAACAAUGAGGCGGACAAGGUGAACGAAGACAUCAACUCGGUUGCGGUCGAAUGGAAAUCGCUCCGGUCGGUCGUCAACUGUCCCACCUGCUCCAUACCGUUCGAUCAAAUCACGAAGAAGAACCAUUGUUGGAAGUGUGGCGAAGUAUUCUGCGGUCGAUGCAUCGAUAAGACGGUAACGCUUCCCGGGCACGAAAGCGGUAAUCCGGUGCCAGUCUGCCGGCAGUGUUUCCGUGUCGUACAGCAAGUGAGCCCAUAAACAAGCGAUCUCCAUCUACAUUCCUCGAUUGAUUCGAUUUAGCUUGUAAGUGAGCUACAGUCUACCGUGUGUUACACCUUGCUACCACAACUACCUAUAUUGGCGGAUGGCUUUGUGAUGUACAAACGAUAAAAUUACUAUCCGACUGUGAGGCUAUCUGGGGGGGUGUUUGCAAAAGUUUUCAGUUGAAAUAGACCAAAGUACCACCACCUGGAACGACGUCGUUUGAUGUGUAUGUAUUCAAGACUUGUGGCGAGCGUUUGCUAGAACGCAGUAACGGAUGAAGGGUGAGGGACGAGGGAUAAAUCCUUUGCAGAAUGGCUGUCAAUCUUAGCUGUUAAUUUACUGUUAGUCAUAAGUAAUAUAGCUAAUGUAACCUGAAACCCACACUCACACACACCUACAAAAUGCAUCAUAUAACGCUGAUCGACAACCGAUAGUGUUUCGUUCGACUACCCACAAUCACACUGUUAGAACACACAAUAUUCUUAAGCGUAAAUGUGUACAAUGAUUUAGUUUAAGUUGCCGAGGUUAAAAUUCAUAUUUAUCUUGCAAAGCUAAACAAAAAUAUGCGAGCUUUUGCUUGGCUUGGACAGACACACUCUUCGGUAUGAUGGUGCUGCAAGAGUUGCUUUAUCGAUGGCUGUAACGGACGGGAGACAAAUUUUGCAGAUUGUUAGCUAUAUAUAAAAGCACACGACGACGACAAAAACAAGGGGUCGGUUGGUUCAGAGACAGAAGUGAAAGCCUUUUGUGUAAGUAUAGGCAUCAGAUGCAUCCUUCCGCGCUUUGGUGACUGACGUAGUUUUCACCGUUGUUGUACACCGUUCCGUUUCCUGUUUGUAGGUGUAUAAAGCGUGCACCCUAACCUUUGACACAGUAUUUCAGCUUCGAUCGGGGGAAAAAAACAUUCUUUAGCCAGCGGGAGAGAGUAGCGGGAGCUUGUAAGGGGAAAUAGUUUUCGAUUAUUGCGCCAAAAAUUACUAGCAACGAAACAGAACUGCGGACAGCCGGCAUAUAGCUAUCUACAAUAUAUCUGUAAACUGUAUGUGUAAUCUAAGACAAGAAAAAAACGCAAAAAACACACACACACAAAUCUGUUGCUCUCAAGUAAAAUAAACGUAUUUAAUAAACAGAGUAUAAAUAUGAUACAGAGAA